CAGCAUGAGCAGUUGAAGCCGAGAUUCCUGCGCGAUAACAUCAGCUGCAGCCGCGCGGAAACUCUACCAUAUAUAAUAAAAUAUAUAUCUCCCCUUGAGCUUUGUUCGAUCGUAUCGAAUAUAAAUGUCUGUCAAAACAUAUAACAAUUCAUAAUUGAAAUACUUUUAAGACGCGUUUUCGCGAUAUUAAAUACCGCGAAUUAUAUAUAUACCUUUCGAGAUGUACAUAUUGUAUGUGUCUUAACAUUUUUCUAUCAUUUUACGUGAUUUUCGUAUUCUCCAGUUAACUAUGUAUACUGGCGUCCAAGAACAAUCUAUGUUGAUGAUUUUAAAGUAAAUCCACCAUAAAAAGCUUAUAAAAAAUUGUGUACGCGUUAUUCGUCUUACAUAUUUUUCUUGAUCGAAAUUAAACGAAUGAAAUUUCCGUGUUAUUUAUUCAAUUGUGUUCUCAAUUAUCACGCCAAUAAACUGUGCUACAUACACAUCUACCAUUAUAAUUGUACAUAAAAUUCCGGACACUCGGAGUCCUAGCAUAAACUUGUAUAUAAACAUUGAUUUCGCUAAUCUUGAAUAUAUAAUAAUAUACGCAUAGCAGCGGAGUCUAAAAUUAAACGAACCUUAUCAUACGAAUUUCCAUUAAUUCCCUUUGUUCUUUCAAUCAUUUUGUAAAAGAACACGUGAAAUUUCAACAUGUUUUUCAUGUGCGUAACUGUCGGUCUCGUCUUUUUGGCGUCUAAAUAUCGCAGCAAUGUACUUGAUAGUGUAAAAAAUUUUUGCAACAAUAUCACAAAUAAUAAAAGCUGUAAAUCUUCAAACCCCAACGACGAUAAUAACGUAUUUCCAUUUGACAAAAUCAUCCUGGCUGAUUCGCCAGAAAAAUGUGAUUACGCUGUUCAACGUAUUCGCUGUGACUUGUCGAAUGGUGUAUUAGGAUUCGACUGUGAGUGGGUCAAUGAAGGACCGGUUUCCCUUUUGCAGCUUGCUACUUUCAAUGGAGUUUGUGCCCUAUUUCGUAUUGGACAAAUUGGAUAUGUUCCAGCAAAGUUAAAGGAGUUAUUGGCCAAUAAAUGUAUACUAAAAGUUGGAGUAGCACCAUUCGAAGAUGGUCGAAAACUGACCAAUGACUAUGGCUGUCGUGUCUUUGGUACAAUGGAUUUAAGAACAUUGGCUCAUCGACUCGGUGUACAAAGUCGCAAAAGCUUGGCUGCUCUCGCUCUCGAGUACCUUCAUGUGGAAAUGGAUAAAAUUGUUGAAGUCAGAUGUGGCGAUUGGAACGCUGACAUUCUUACCGAACAACAAACUACUUAUGCUGCGUAUGACGCUAUCGCCUCAGUUCUAAUUUAUCACAAGAUACAAGAGAGAGCCAAGAAACAACGUUCUAUCUGGGAGAAUUUUAUUAUUUAUGUAAAAAGUGUUUGGAAAGGGGACAAAGUGGGUGGGCGAUUGGACGAAUUGCCAGAAGAAAUCAUCGAUACGAGGUUCAGGGCUCCAUCGGAGAAACCAGAAAUUAACGAUAAAAAAUCUUAUCAAAUAGUACGAAAAAGUAACGACUGCAGUGCAGUGCGUAUACACAAUGCAGCAACGAGAAAGGAACCGCUUUAUCACAAUUGUUAUUUAGAAGCGCCAGACGGUGAAAUAUUGUGCACUUGCGAUCGUAAAAAAGCUGAGUGGUAUGUGAGCAAAAAUCUCGGUGUCGUUGUCAACGAACAACCAUUCACCGUGAGACUGAAUUUCGAACCGUCCGGUCGUGCUUUUGGUCAGGUUGGCCAGUAUUACACUCAAGUUAAAGUAAAUCAAUGCGUUGUAUGUGGAUCGACGGAAAAUUUUAUUAAAAAGAAUGUUGUCCCAAGAGAAUAUAGAAAAUACUUUCCGUUGGUAAUGAAGGCUCACCAGUCUCACGACGUAUUGUUACUUUGUCCAAGUUGUCACGAAAUCAGUAAUCGUCAAGAUCUCGAAUUGAGGAGAAAAUUAGCUGAAAUGUGCCAAGCUCCUCUAACAAGAAUAACCGCACAAAACCAAAAUAAAAUAAUAAAGGAGCGUUCAGCCCAUACGAGUACUCUGUCACAGUCACACGAUCCAAAAGAGUGGAGGAAUUUUUUAUCGGCUGUAAAAGCAUUGCGGGAUGAGCCUGCAAUGAUUCCGCCCCAAAGACGAAAACAAUUGGAAGCUAAAAUUUUAGAAUUUACGGGGCAGCCAGAAAUGAAGCCAGAAUUGCCAGACGUCCUUUACGAACAAUUUAAAAAUCAGCCUCGCGUCGUCGCCUCGAUAUCUCCUUUGCAAACGAGAUGUCAAUCGCACGGCAUGAAGGUUGUUCGUUAUUUUGAGAAACAAGACGGUGGCCUUGUGACGCUCGAGAAAAUGUGGCGCGAGCACUUCCUCGAAACGAUGAGACCACGUUUUCUGCCAAAAUUAUGGUCAGUCUCUCACAAUCAAGAGAGACUUGUCAUUCGCCAGACUCAAAAGAGGAUUGAACCACAGGAUGCCAAAAUCGCUGGAUUAACAGAGUAAAUUCAAAGUAACAAAAUCAAUAAAAAAAACAAAAAGUAAAUUGAAUAGGACCAAUCCUUAGAAGAGGACUCGUCGAAGAGCGAGUACUUCUUAUGAAAGAAAAAAAGACUGUGACUAAAUAUUCACCUGUACCUGCUGAACAAUUAUAUUUAUCAUUUUGACAUAAA